AUGUCGGGGUCUCGAGUAGUGUUCGACGGCUUAUGGCGCUGCCUUUGCCCCUCUGUCGAUACGCAAGCUGCGGCUAGGCUUCCCAAUUCACAGAUUGUUCCCAGAGCGUCGCUCGCAACGCGCCAGCGAAGACACCUCGUCCCAUCCGCCCGCCGUCCUGCGAAUCGCACACAAUGCCGAAGAUACACGGCCGCCACACCUUCAAGCCCGCAGGCAGAAGGAGACUUGAAGCCUUAUGAUCCCGAAGAACCAGUGGACGCCGACGCAGCUCGACAUACAGAAGGUCCCGAAACUGUCGACGAUAAUCUCCCCGCCGUGAACGAGCAGCUCCGAGCAGCCCCGCUGCCCGCCAUCCUCGAUGCCCUGGAGGUCCUCCGGGGCCAGCCCAAGAGCUUCAAGAAGGUCGCAACAAUCAUCACAUAUCUGGUGCGGGCUAGAGGUGUUGAGCUCACCCCGAAGUUCUACGAGGACUUGAUCGUUGCUACGGCCGAUGUUCAAGGAUCGGCGGCGUUUCUAGCACAGCUUUUCGCGGAGAUGAAGCGACUGCAGUUCACAACGUCACCUUCGAUCUCCCAUGCCGCAUUGGCUGCUCUCGCGAUACACCCCGACUACCUACUUCGGAACGAGAUCCUUGCAGCCAUGAAGCAGUCAUGGACCGAGGUCGACACCCCAGGACAGACCCAUGUCGCCCUCGGGCUACUCCGCGACGGACAAAUCGAGCUUGCUUACGACGCAAUAGAAAACCUCAUACACAAGCAGGUACCCAUCGCUUCCUGGGUUUUCGAUGUCUUCGUCUUCACGCUCGCCCAGCACGGUUUUAUAGACGAGGCGAUCAAGCUGGCGCACAGCAAAGUCCACUCUUCCGAUAGCGAGACCGACGUUGCGUUGUGGUAUGCGCUGCUCGACAAUUGCUCCGAGGCCUAUCACUACGAGGGCACGCGAUACAUAUGGGGCAGGAUGCUGGAUAAGGACAAGGAGCAGCUUUCGGACGGCGUCCUCCUGAACAUUAUCAACACAGCUGCCAGGCAUCACGACUAUCAGCUUGCCACAGGAGCAGCGCGUUUCGUCACACAGAGAGGUGGGAAACUUGUUGCGCACCACUACGAGGCGCUGAUCGAAUGCUACGGCGGCGUCGGAGAUAUUGUGAGCGCAUUGCGGGUCCUCUGCAUCAUGUUCAAGGCCAUAUCCGUUGCCCCAUACGCCAGCACCCGUCCAAUCUAUCAGAGAAUCAAGAAAGAGCCAGAGAGCAUCGACCCGGCUCUCAAGACUCUUACUGAGCUUGUCCGCAAUUACAAAGUCCCCAUUGCCGCGCUCAACGUCAUGGUUGAAGCCGCUGUCGAGACACACGGCUAUGCGAAAGCGCUAGAGAUUUACCAGAAUGCGCAUAAGUAUACCGAGGCCAGCCCCAAUCAUGUCACCAUUCGCUACGUCCUCCAAGCGUGCGAGGAUACAGAAACUCUCAAGGCUCUUGUUGCGCAAAACCCAGAGCUGGCCCUGAAAGGCGAUCGCAAUGUCUUUGCGAGAGUCGUGUAUGAGUAUGCCGUGGCUGGUGAGCUGGACCUCGCGUACAAGUGUGUGAGAUUGUUCGGCGAAGCUCCCGCGCUGAUUGAAGGGCAGCAACCAGAACAGUCCAGUUUUUGGAUAAACAGGAAAACCCUUCUCACUCUCGUCAGAAAGUCUCUUGACGCACAGGACGUGCGCGUGUGGUGGUUGAUCGAACAGGCCGAGAGACGGAAUAUGGACGUCCAGUCGGGCUUAUCGAAGCUGAUGGCAUCCGUUGCUGACGAGAUCAAGAGAAGUUCGGGGUUGGACCGAGAGAAUCCCGAGAUGACAUAUCGCUUCCCAUCUUAA